AUGGGUGUUAACGUUAGUUUUCUAAUUUGUUCACCAGGUGAUCCAUCGGUGGCAAAGUCCCAGCUGCUGCGCUACGUGCUCCACACGGCGCCCAGGGCCAUCCCCACCACCGGGCGGGGUUCCACUGGAGUGGGUCUGACCGCUGCAGUCACCACCGACCAGGAAACAGGUGAGCGCAGACUGGAGGCGGGGGCCAUGGUGCUGGCGGACCGAGGCGUGGUCUGCAUCGACGAGUUCGACAAGAUGUCCGACAUGGACCGCACAGCCAUCCACGAGGUGAUGGAGCAGGGCCGCGUCACCAUCGCUAAGGCCGGCAUCCACGCCCGCCUCAACGCCCGCUGCUCCGUGCUGGCUGCGGCCAACCCUGUCUACGGCAGGUAUGACCAGUAUAAAACUCCCAUGGAGAACAUCGGCCUCCAGGAUUCCUUGCUGUCCCGUUUCGACCUCCUCUUCAUCGUCCUGGAUCAGAUGGACGCGGAGCAGGACCGCGAGAUCUCAGACCACGUGCUGAGGAUGCACCGCUACCGCAACCCCCGAGAGCAGGAGGGCACAGCCAUGGCUAUGGGUGGGACAGUAGACGUCCUGGCUACAGAUGAUCCAGACGCAAUCGCAGAAGAGCAUGAGGAGCUGCAGAUCUAUGAGAAGCACAACAACCUGCUGCAUGGAACGAGGAAGAAGAAGGACAAGAUUGUGAGUAAGGAGUUCAUGAGGAAGUACAUCCACAUCGCCAAGGCUGUGUCACCUGUGCUGACAGAGGAGGCAGCCAAUCACAUCGCAGAGGAGUAUGCCAGGCUGAGGAGCCAGGAGCAGAUGGGGGCUGAUAUUGCCAGG